AAACAAAAACAUGGAACUCUGUGCUAAUGUGCGCAGAAGGUUCAAUACAGGUAUUUGGCGCAAAAUAGCUGAACUCCCAAAUUAUGAAAAGCAGUGUUCAUGGUGGUUGUGAUCUCUUGGUGUUUUGAUACAUUUGGCUUAUCUAUACGUACCAAACAGAUAGAUAUAUCGAUAGAGAUACCCUUUUUUUUUCUUUUUUUUUUUUUGGCUUUCGUCAUUGAUUUUUGUUGGGUUUUUUAUUUUAAUUUGAAGAAACACACUGUUUGUAGAUUUGUAUUAGUGGGUAAGGAAGGUGCAUAUUUUGAGCUUUGAGGAAGCUCCAGAGAUCUGACUAAGCAAGCACAGGGAGAUGUAGACACAGAAGAAAUUUCGCUUAUCAUAUAAUCAUUAUUUAUUGAUGCUCCUCUUCUCUUCUUUAUUCCACUUUAAAACCCUCAAACAACCAACCCUUCUAAUUCCUCCCCUUCCCGUCUUCCUAUAAAAUUCUCUCUCUCUCUGUUACUUUUUUUUUUUUUUUUUAACUUCCAAGCCUUUUCGUUUCCUCUGUUCUUUCCUGUGAGCACUGUAGUUGAUAUCUUACUACUUUCUUGGGGUUUGGGUUCUCGCAAAAACACGUAGAUUCUCAACCUUUCUUGGAGGGUGCUUGCAAUGGGGACUCCUACCAGUGUCCGCACCACCACUAGUUGCAAUACUUUACUCUCAGAACUUCAGCAAAUAUGGAAUGACAUUGGUGAGACUGAAGCUGAUAAAGAUCGCAUGUUGUUGGAGCUGGAGAGGGAGUGCUUAGCAGUUUAUCAUAGAAAAGUGGAUGAGGCUGCCAAUGCCAAAGCUCGUCUUCAUCACUCGGUUGCUGCAAAGGAAGCUGAGCUUGCAACACUCAUGGCUGCUCUUGGGGAACUCAAUCUUCAGUCACCGAUCCAGACAGAGAAGAAGUCAACAUCAUUGAGAGAGCAACUAGCGUUGGUCAUGCCACUGGUGGAAGACCUAAAACUAAAAAAAGAAGAACGAAUUAAGCAAUUUGCAGAGAUAAAAACUCAAAUUGAGAAGAUCACUGGUGAGAUAUCAGGAUACAGUCACCUCACCAGUGCUGUGGGUUUCUUAAAUCUGGAAGAACAGGACUUGUCACUGAGAAAGCUUUCUGAAUACCAAACACACCUCCAAACUCUUCAAAAGGAGAAGUCUGAACGGCUUCAUAAAGUAUUGGAGUAUGUGAAUGAGGUGCAUUACUUAUGUGGUGUGCUUGGGUUGGAUUUUGGCAAGAUAGUGACUGAUGUGCAUCCAAGCUUGCACGGGACAAGACUGGAACAGUCCACUAACAUGAGUGACAGCACGUUGGGAGGCCUGCAGCAGGCCAUUCUUAGGUUGAAGACGGAAAGAAAAGUUCGAUUUCAGAAGCUGAAAGAUACUGUCGCGUCACUAUUUGAACUUUGGAAUUUGAUGGACUCAACAAAGGAAGAUAGAAGCAACUUUGUAAGGAUUACCUCUGUUCUUGGAUUGUCAGAACUGGAACUUGUGGAACCAGGUGCUCUUUCAAUAGAGAUUCUCGAGCAGGCAUCAGCAGAAGUGGAGAGGCUCACUAAACUGAAAGCAAGCAGAAUGAAAGAGCUGGUUAUGAAAAGGAGGUCAGAGUUGGAGGAUAUAUGCUAUAAGAUCCAUAUUGAACCUGAUCAAAGCACAACUGCUGAGAAGUCUAAUGCAAUGAUAGAUUCCAGUCUUGUAGAUCCUGGCGAACUUCUGGCAAACAUUGAAUCACAAAUAAACAAAGCAAAAGCAGAAGCUUUGAGCCGAAAGGAAGUUAUGGAUAGGAUAGAACGAUGGCUUUCUGCCUGUGAAGAGGAAAAAUGGCUCGAGGAGUAUAAUCAAGAUGACAAGAAGUACAGUUCUGGAAGAGGUGCUCACAUAAAUUUAAAGCGUGCAGAACGUGCUCGAAUUACUGUAAAUAAGAUUCCAGCGAUGAUUAACAAUUUGAUAAGUAAGACAUUAGCGUGGGAAGAUGAGAAAAAUAAGUUGUUUCUUUAUGAUGGGGCCCGAUUGGUAUCAAUCUUGGAGGACUACAAACUAACCAUACAGCAGAAAGAAGAGGAGAGGAAACGAUACAAGGACCAAAAGAAGCUCCAAGAUCUGCUGCUCUCAGAGAAGAAAGCAAUGUAUGGGUCGAAACCCAGUCCAAGAAGAAGCAAUAAUAAUGUUUGGAAGGCAAAUGGACAUCGAGUGAAUGGAAAUGGAUCCACGACUCCAACACCUCACCGAAACUCUGCUGGUCCAACUGCAGAGCUUCUAACGCCACGCUCCUAUUUUCGGCAUCAAAAUGGGUAUUUUAAAGAAAUGAGAAGACUGUCUACUUCACCACUGAACUUUGUGGCCAUGACAGAAGAAGAUGCCAUAUCAUUUUCAACGAUUUGUGGUUCUGAGCCAGGGUCUCCUCUUCAAGGUUGAACUUGAAUGUUGAAAUG